CGGUUGUCGCUGGUCGGGGUGUGUAGCGAGCCGAGUCGAGUCUUGCCUUUCCGUCCCCGUCAGUGAGUUGACGUCUUCCCUGGUCCGGGAUGUUCACCCCGGAGCAGCUUCAAAAAGUAUGGAUGCAGCUGGCCCUACAGGGCAUGGGCGCCAAUUUGGCCGGUCUGCAGGCGCUACAGGCUGCCACCAGUGCCGCGGCGGCUCCACCGGGACUUUUCCCACAUAUUCCUACGGCUAGUAUUCCUGUAUUGAAUCCUGGCUCUCCUACCACUUCGAAUCUCACCGCUGAACAGAUCAUUCAAACAUGUGAUCAGUUGGAGAAAGCCGACGAUGUGGAUCGGUUGGCGAGGUUCUUGUAUAGUCUACCGCCUAGUAUGGCGCAGGAGGUAGUCUCAAAUGAAGUCGUCCUGAAGGCCAGAGCCCUUGUCUGCUUUCAUAUGGGUGAUUUUCGUCAGCUCUACAGCAUCCUGGAAAAUCACAAAUUUACCCAGGGUAGUCACCAAAAGAUGCAGUACAUGUGGCAAGAAGCCCAUUACCGAGAAGCUGAGAAACAACGCGGCAGGCCUCUUGGCCCCGUUGACAAAUAUCGUGUCCGUAAGAAGUACCCGAUGCCAAGAACAAUCUGGGAUGGAGAGCAGAAGACUCACUGCUUCAAGGAACGAACCAGAUCAUUGUUAAGAGAGUGGUAUCUGAAGGAUCCGUAUCCAAAUCCAAGUAAAAAGAAAGAACUAGCAAAUGCCACCGGUCUCACCGCUAUGCAAGUCGGAAACUGGUUCAAAAAUCGUCGCCAAAGGGAUCGCGCGGCUGCCGCCAAGAACAAGCAAAACGUGAUUGGUGUCGAGCUGAAGAAGACCUGUGGUUCGGAUGGCUCUGACAGCGAGGACGAGAAUGAGUUCGAUGACAGCAUGACCGACUCGCCUUCUCCAAUCGACGAGCCGAAGGACCUCUCUCUCCGGCCGUCGUUUACGACCGAUCGCCUUCUGGAGCCUCCUUCAUUCCCAAUGAAUCCGGCCCUGUUCCUCUUCAACCCGGCGUUCCUGCAAAUGCAGCAGCAGCUGGCAGCUGCGCAGUUCCCGAGUUUACCUCUGCCGGUGAGCCGCUCCUCUUCGCCCCCGUCGCAUCCGCCACAAAAACGUAACAAGCUCUCCAUCGAUGAGAUUCUUGACCUUAAGCCAGACCUGAAACCCUGUGCUUCACCUCAUUCUCUCUCUCCCACAUCGUCCACCUCAAAUAAGGAGCUGUCAGCUUCACCCGAGGUGAAACCGAGGGAUUCCGCCGCGGUGGCGUCGUCUACGGCGCCUCCACCUGCGGAACAACCCCCUCAAUUAGUUGUGUAGUGAUGCAUUUUUCUUUUUUUUACAAAAAUUACAGUAAUUUAUGUGUUGUUGAAUUUGUCGUGUGUGAUGAUCCAGGUUCUCUAUAAUAGAAGUAAUAAGAAUUAAUUGCAAGAAUAAUUCCACGUGCUCGAUUGUGAUCCAUGUACAGAAUUUUUGUAAGAUGUCGUCAUUUUUCUUCGUAUUUUUCUUUUGUAAUUCUAACUAUAUACAAUAUUGUGU